GCAGAGUGUCAUGUGAUUGUUGGACAUUGUCUCUUCUUCUUCUUCUUCUUCUUUCUUCUGUUUCUCUCCGGAUUUAAAAAGCGAGUCACGAGCGACACUUUGUUUUAAACUCCUCAGAAACAAGCGGGUGUUAAAGGAGCAUGAAGUAAACUGCCCUCUGCUAACAACUCAUUAAAAUGGAGCUCCCGAUGGGAAUCUGGUUCGUGGCUCUGCUCGGCCUGAGCACGGCGCUGGUGUGUCCCGACGGAGGCAUGUGUGAGGACAAGAACACCUGCUGCAUGAACACGGAGGGAGGAUACGGCUGCUGCCCGCUGCCUCAUGCUGAGUGUUGCUCCGACCACCUCCACUGCUGCUAUGAGAGGACCCUGUGUGAUCUGGCUCAUCAGAGGUGUGUGAAUAAGACCGUGUCUCUGCCGUUGAUGAGACGUCUUCCUGCCAAACAGUCUCUGGACGUCCCUCGGCUCUUUGACAGAGUGAAGACAAUCAUAUGUCCAGACCAGGUGUCCAGGUGUUCAGAUGACAGCACUUGCUGCAAGCUUUUUGACGGCAGCUAUGGCUGUUGUCCGAUGGUUAAGGCUGUGUGUUGUGAGGACAAGCUGCACUGUUGUCCCGAGGGAACAAAGUGUGACACCGCUCAUGACAUGUGUGUUUCUGCGUCACUGGAGUCCGUCCCCAUGGUGGAGAAACUCCCGGCCAUACGCAGGGAGAAGAACCCAGUUUCUCUGACCGUGGGCUCAGUGACGUGUCCGGGGGGGAAGAGCAGUUGUCCUGAGAGUUACACCUGUUGCCUGCUGAUCGGUGGAGACUACGGCUGCUGCCCCUACGAACAGGCCGUGUGCUGCAGCGAUCAUCUGCACUGCUGCCCCAGCAACACCACAUGUGACCUGGAACAUGACGUCUGUAAAUCCGGUGACUCCGAAGUGCCGCUGCUGAAGAAGAUCUCUGCGGCUCCUAACGACGUUGUGUGUCCAGACAAAGUGGCCGUCUGUCCCGAUCAGACCACGUGCUGCGAGAUGGACAACGGCUCGUAUGACUGCUGCCCGAUGCCCAAUGCCGUCUGCUGCUCAGAUCACAUCCACUGCUGCCCUGAGGAAACCCAGUGCGACCUGGAGCACAGCACCUGUGUGACGAGCCGGGGAGACGCCACCGUGGCCUCUAGGAUCCCAGCUGCUGUGACGGAGCUGGAGCUGGUGGCGCUGCAGAGCAGAGUUGCUGCUGUUCCCUGUAACGACUCCGUGGCCUGUGCCGACGGGAACACCUGCUGUCAAACACCGACGGGCCAAUGGGCCUGUUGCCCGUUACCUGAGGCCGUGUGCUGUGACGACCACAUGCACUGCUGCCCCCACGGCACCGUAUGUAACCUGGAAGCCUCCACGUGUGAUGACCCCGUGACGAACACGGCCGUGGUGCCCUGGCUUGACCACGUCCCCGUCUUCCCCAUCGAGACGGACGACAGCAAGUGUGACAAGUCCACAUCGUGUCCUGGAAAGUCCACCUGCUGCAAGACGGCGACUGGAGACUGGGCCUGCUGUCCCCUGUCCAAGGCCGUGUGCUGCGACGACCACGUCCACUGCUGCCCUCACGGCACCGUGUGCAACCUGGAGGCCGAGUCCUGUGACGACCCGUCAGGCUUCUCCACCUCCCUCCCCUGGACCGAGAAGGUCUCCGCUGUGACGACGGAGGUCCAGCACGAGAAGUGUGACCAGGAGACCAUGUGUCCAGGAGGAACCACCUGCUGUGUGAAGGACUCCGGACAGUGGGCCUGCUGCCCCCUGCCUCAGGCCGUGUGCUGCAGCGACCAGGAGCACUGUUGUCCCAGAGGCUACAAGUGUAACGUGGCCGUGAAGUCGUGUGAUAAGCCCGGAGGCCGGAGCCUGCCCUGGCUGCAGAAGGUCCUGGCUCUGAGGACGGAGCUCCACCAGGCUGCUUCCGCUCCGGCUCCACAGGGGAGGAACAUGUGUGACUCCAGCACCAGCUGCCCCAAAGCCACCACCUGCUGCUUCAUGGACAGGACCCACAGAUGGGGCUGCUGUCCUGUGCCAAAGGCCGUCUGCUGCAGCGAUGGAGACCACUGCUGCCCCAGCGGUCACACCUGUGAAGCUCACCGCUCCUCCUGCUCCAGAGGCUCCCACUCCCUCCCCUGGUUCACCAAACUGAGCGCCCUGACCGAGCCCGGCGCCCUGACCGACGUCAAGUGUGACGACAAGAGCAGCUGUGCUUCAGGAACGACCUGCUGCCAACUGGCGACCGGAGAGUGGGGCUGCUGCCCUCUGGUCAAGGCGGUUUGCUGUGCGGACCAGGAGCACUGCUGUCCUCAGGGCUACACCUGCAACAUGCAGACGGGAACCUGCGAGAAGAAGAACCUCGAUGAGCUGAUCCAAACCCUCCCUCAGAUCAAAGUGGUACGGUCCGGGGCUGGAGAUGCAGAGGACGUACCAUGUGACAGCACGGGGGAAUUUCUCUGCCCCGGAACAGAUACGUGCUGCAAGACGUCGUCCACAGAGUGGGCGUGUUGUCCCUCAGCAAAGGCGACCUGCUGCUCCGACUCGAAGCACUGCUGCCCUGAGGGAUUCUCCUGUGACGUGGCAGCUGGAGGCUGCACCAUGAAGAAGCCCCAGCUGACCUGGGACCUGUUGUCUGGGAACAGACAGAGAGACUUUGUCCCUCACGGACUUUAAUCCCACGGAUCCAUCACAUCUUCAGCUUCUGUUGUUUUCCUCACGUGAAGGUAUUUUUGGUUUUGUGGGCGUCGCCGAUGCUCAUGGUCGUUAAAGACUUCACAGAAUUUUCAGUAGUUCUUUUAACAGUUUGCUGGGUUUUGUCAUGUUUUGAAUCUGAAUGAAGUUUGGCUCAGUCCUCAGAAGUCAACCUUAGAUGAUAUAUGUAUAUGAAUGAGUCACUGCACGACUUUGUCUCUGCAUCUUUCUUAUUGGUUUUAAUCCCCAUGAAAAGAAUCAGGACAGUUACAUUCUUAGUAAAGAUGUAAGAAAGCCUUUUAAUUCACAAAUCAUUUCAACCACAAAUCAGAAAUUACAGAGAGAAGAGUUAGUUAAUGAACAUGAGACCAAUUAAAAAAAUCUACACAUAGAUCCAUGUCAUAUAGACGAUACCCCGACUCCUACUGACCUUGAAAACAAUAUGAAAAUCUACAAACGUGUUCGAAGGUUAAUAAAAAAGUAGAUAAAGCUUUGA